AGGGGCUCUUGGUUCUUGUUUUAGCGGGCCGGUCGCGCUUUCCUUUGCUGGGCUGCUGGGAGAAAACUCUCGGGUGGUGACUUUUUCCGCUAGUCUCAGUCUAGCCUUUCCAGAAAUUCAUUCUGGGACCUGGAUCCGGGGAUAGCUUCAAGGCACAGUCGAGCCAGUCGAGGAGAAACGAGCGUACAGCAGCAUUCAGUCAGCCACCGCACCGACAGCCCUUGCCCGCAGUCCGCAGAUCCCCAGUCGUCUGCACCGCGCACGAACCGACACGCCCUCCGACGCGGCCCCUUUUGCGGAAGCGAGACCUCCAGCAGAGCAAGUCCGCAGCGCAGCAGCAGCUGUCCCUGCCAGAACGCCCAUCCGGGGAGGGGCACAACCUCUCAAGUUCUCAUCCCGCCCGAAGCCGACCGUCGCGCGGCCGCUUUCCCCCCAAUUUCCUCCCUCGCCAGAAAAAAUGACGCUCCAGCACCUCGCCCACCUGUGCUCGCACCUCCAGAACGCCUCCAAGGCGCGGCUCGGCCUGACCUCGACGCCGUGGAACACGGCCAACCUGUCGCUGCUGCUCUCGCUGCAGAAGACGGGGUUCCUGUCGUUCGUGACGCGGGGCGGCGCGGUGCCGCCGGACCCCGCGGCGCUGUCCACGUACGAGCCGGAGCCGCUGAACACGUCGACGGUGGCGCGCCAGCGCCUGUGGGUCGGGCUCAAGUACAGCAACAACGAACCCGUCAUGCGCAGCCUCCGCGUCAUCAGCAAGCCCACGCGGCCCGUGACCGCCCAGCUCGACCACCUCGAGAGGCUCGCCCGCGGCUGGGACGCCGGCCCCACCAGGCUCAUACAGCAGGGCCUCAACCUCGGCGAGUGCAUGUACGUGUCGACGCCGCGGGGCGUCAUGGAGGUCCGCGAGGCCGUGGAGAGGAAGAUGGGCGGGCUCUUGUUGUGCCGGGUGAGCCCGUAAUAGGGGUCCUCUGCGGCGGGUUCUGAGCUGGGUUGAGUUGAGCGAGCGGAGCAGAGCAAAGAUUUUUUCGGAAGCCGUGCUGUUCUGGGCGACGAGCAAAGGAAUAGGGGAAGAUUGUAUGAUAGUAAAAGAAGAGGCAGCAUAUCUCACGAGAGGCCCUAGACGUCAUCGACAGCCACUUGUGGGAGUGUUCUCAUCCUGGGCUCGACUAGGUCUUGCCUAGGUCUCGCCGAGCUCAAGGAAUCUGAACCGGCCUGUCCAAGGCUCGAGGUUGAGGCUUUGUACCGACUUUUGUACAACGAUUACAUCAAUGUAAUAUACACAACCAUGAAGAAAAAGAAAAAAAGAAGAAGAAAAGACCUCAUUUGACAUAUUCACA